AUGAUCUCCCAGAAGGUUGCUCAGCAGUCGCUGCGACGACUCGCCGUCCAGCAGCCCUACGCCAUGCGGUGGUCCCUGAUGAACUCCGCGUCACCCGCCGCCGUCGCUAUUGGCAGGAAUAUUCAGACACGGCACACUGCUUCUACCACGAAAACGUCUGAUCCGACGAAGAUCCUCGCUCAGCAGCGGUUGAACCGUCCCGUUGCCCCCCAUAUCUCCAUUUAUCAGCCCCAGAUCACCUGGUACGGUAGUGCUUUCAACCGUAUUUCCGGAGUCGCUGUGUCGGGAGUCCUGUACCUUUAUGCAACUGCCUAUCUUGCCGCCCCAUUGCUUGGUUGGCAUCUGGAGUCGGCUUCAUUGGUGGCUGCUUUCGCUACUCUCCCCCUUGCUGCGAAGGCCGUUAUCAAGGGUACUGUGGCCUUUCCCUUUGUUUAUCACUGCUUGAACGGAUUGCGCCAUUUGACCUGGGAUCUUGGCCGCGGAAUUACCAACCAGCAGGUUAUGAGGACUGGCUGGACUGUGGUGGGCUUGAGUGUUGUUAGCGCUCUUUACCUUGCUUUUUACUGA